UGUGCCGACUGACCUCGCUUUCUUGCCGUGGCAGCUGGUGCAGUCUGCAUCAUCUCUCUGGAAUUGCUUGGUUCUUCUUCGCCUAGUCUCCUCUCCUUUCCCGGCCGGCCGGACCGCAUUUGCUUGCACUUUGAUACCUCGAUCCUUUGCUGCGCGAGUGGUCCUUGAAGCUCAAAGGAAAACGGAAUCUUGCAUUUGUGGUGGGAGGGAGGAGAAAGGGGGGAAUCUUAUCAAAGCAGCCUACCACUGAGAUUUGAUUGGCGAUCGCUGUAUAUAUAGCUUAUCCUUCCAUUCCUUUUCUGAAGCAGCUGCUGCCUAGCGAGCAGCACGUACGCCCUGUACUCUGCUCCACAACAGAAUAGGAUGCUCCUAGCUAGCAAAAUCUUCUCUUGCUCGGUCGGCCUUCUCUGAUGUGGCCUUCGAUUGAUGCAAAGUUAUGCUAGCUAGGUUACUAAUAUAGGCUGGCUCGUCGACUUCUGGUCGUCUACUUAAGCGUCUGCAGUUCUUCGUACUUGUUGUCACCCCGGCCGGCCCAUAAGUACUGGACAAUCAGUCCUGCAACUGGAGAUGCCUAGCUAGAGCUCUUAUUUAUUCGAUUUAGUUAAUCAGGUAGUAAGGUCGAUCAUGGAGCGUGCGGCGCUGGACGACGUGAUCCGGCGUCUCCUUGAGGUGCGGCGGUACCGGGCAGGGAAGCAGGUGCAGCUGGCGGAGUGGGAGAUCCGGCAGCUCUGCGCCGCCUCCAAGGACGUGCUCAUGCGCCAGCCCAACCUCCUCGAGCUCCAAGCGCCCAUCAAGAUCGCCGGCGACAUCCACGGGCAGUACCCGGACCUGCUGCGGCUGUUCGAACUCGGCGGGUUCCCGCCAAAGCACAAGUACCUGUUCCUGGGCGACUACGUGGACAGGGGAAAACAGAGCAUCGAGACCAUGUGCCUGCUGCUGGCCUACAAGCUCAAGUACCCGGAGCACUUCUUCCUCCUCCGGGGCAACCACGAGUGCGCCUCCAUCAGCCGCGUCUACGGCUUCUACGACGAGUGCAAGCGCCGCUACUCCGUCCGCCUCUGGCGCCUCUUCGCCGACGCCGUCUUCGCCCACCUCCCGCCCGCCGCCCUCGUCGACGGCCGCAUCCUCUGCGUCCACGGCGGCCUCUCCCCGCAACUCCUCCUCCGCGCCUGCGACCUCCGCCGCGACAUCAACGCGCUCCCCAGGGUGCCAGACGUCCCCGAGUCCGGGCUCCUCUGCGACCUCCUCUGGUCCGACCCAGCCGCCGCCGCCGGAGCCGGAGGGGCUUCGGCUUCUUCCGGGUGGGGGGAGAACGAGAGGGGCGUGUCCUACACGUUUGGGGCGGACGUCGUGGAGCGGUUCCUGGAGCGGCAUGACCUCGACCUCGUGUGCCGCGCGCACCAGGUGGUGGAGGACGGCUACCAGUUCUUCGCCGGGAAGAGGAUGGUCACCGUCUUCUCCGCGCCCAAUUACUGCGGCGAGUUCGAUAAUGCUGCCGCCAUCAUGUGCGUCGAUGAUGAGCUCACUUGCUCGUUUCAGAUCAUCAGGCCUGCUUCUGCUCGUUACAGCACCAGCAGCAGAGGGAUCCGGUCGCCCUGGUGUUAACUAGCUGUAUGUUGAGCUCGAUUUUCUUCAGUUGGGCUGAAUCAGUGUAAUAAUUAAUCGGAUUUGAUUUUGGUCUUUGUAAUGUACUAACGGCGAUUUCAGAGGGGAUAGUCGGAACUAGACCGAUUACUUUUUUUUUA